AUGCUUCGAAACACUCUGCCCAUCUUGUGCGGCUUAGCCUCGGUUUCCACCGCCGCCCUUUACGAGACGGUGGUCGAGACCAAAUAUGGCGCGGUCCAGGGGUAUCCCGCCUUCAACAGUAGCAACACGGGGAACCUGACCAACUGGAAGGACAUCACCGUAUGGAAGGGCAUUCCCUUUGCCGCCACUACCGGGGGGUCCAACCGGUGGAAGGCACCGCAGCCCGCCAGCGCAUGGAACGGAACCCUCGACGCGCGCAACUGGGGCAACGUCUGCCCCUCGGCCACCACCGGAAACAACGACUACACCAUCGACGAGGACUGCCUGAACCUCAACAUCUGGAGUCCCGCCAGCUCCGCCGACGCGAAGCUCCCCGUCGUGAUGUGGAGUUAUCCCGCCGAGUCAACGGCGGCGGAUCCGCUCUUCGACGGCGGCGGCAUGGCCGAUCAGGGGAUUGUCUUCGUCAACUACAACUACCGGACGGGGCCCUUUGGCUGGCUCGCGCACUCGGAACUCUCCGCGGAGUUCGAGGCAGUGACCGGGUCCAACAGCUCGGGCAACUGGGGCAUGCUGGAUCAGUUUGCCGCCUUGAAGUGGAUCCAUGCCAACAUCGAGGCCUUUGGCGGUGAUCCCAACCACAUCACCGUCCAGGGUCAGUCGGCGGGCUCGGCGGCGACCCAGCAUAUCCUGUACAGCGACCUCACCAAGGGUCUGAUUGUCGGGGCCAUCAUUGAGAGCGGCGUGCGCGACCCGCACGACCCCCUCUGCACCAGUCUCGCCGAGGCCUACACGACGCUGGAAGACGCCCUCGAGGACGGCAACACCUAUCUGUCCAACCUCGGCGUGUCCAGCAUCGCGGAAGCCCGCGAGCUCAGCAUGGAGGCCCUCAUCAACGGGGCCACGGGCACGACCCGCGAGGAUACGAUCAUGUUCGAAGCCGUCCUGGAUUACUACGCCAUGCCGGACACCUACCUCAACAUCCUGGAGAAGGGCCUCGCCCACGACGUCCCCGUCAUCACGGGCAACAACAAAGACGAGAACGGCGCCACCUAUGGCCUCGAGCUCUCGCUCGCCGAGUACCUGCAGGACCUCAACGAGACCUACAGCGGGGAAUGGGUCGACCGCUUCCUGGAGCUGUACCCGGCCAACGACUCCACCACCGCCGCCGGCGCCUACAACUCCAUGUUCACCGACCGCUCCAAGGUGGGCACCUGGUUCUGGACUCAGUUGUGGUAUGAGCACAAGAGCAGCCGGGUGUGGAACUACUUCUGGGACCACGCCCCCCCGGGCCAGACCUCGGGCGCCUACCACGAGUCGGAGAUCAACUACGUGCUCAACAACCUCUAUGCCACCGACCUGCCCUGGACCGCGGAGGACUACGCCAUCGCCAAGAAGAUGAACGACUACUGGGCCAGCUUCAUCAAGACCGGCAACCCCAACACCCUCUCGAAGGGAGCGACGGAGUGGCCCGCGGUGGGCACCGCCCAGGAAGUGCAGCAUGUCGGAGAUGGCUGGGGCCAGAUUCCCAUUGCCUGGAGCAAGAAGGUCGAGCUGUUCAAAGAGUGGUUUGCCACUCUCGUGGCCUACUGA